AGUCUCGAUCUCAGCCGAUUUCUUCUUCGAAUGCCACAAGAAUAAAUUGUCCCGCCAGCUCCUCUAAGAUUUGUUUAACGUUUAUAAAGUCAAAUGGCGAUCACAGCUCCUGUUUUAAGCGAAUAAUAAAGCAGCAACGGCUGGCAAGCUUCCGUUUAGCCAGCCCGGCCCGGCCACGACGACCUCGACCAUGAAGCCGCCCACGUCCACCGCCACCUCCUACCUCCUCCUCGCCCCGCUCGCGAUCCUCCUGCUCGUCUUCGUGCUACCCUCGCUCCGCCCUUGGUCCCGCGCCGGCUCCUCCUCCGACGAUGGCCUCGGCGUCCUCUGCGCCCGCCGCGCCGGCUUCGUCGACGUCGUCGCCGCCGCCGCGCCGCCACCGGCCGAGACACGUCCGCUGGCGGAGUCGUUCAGCCUGCUCGUGGGCGUGCUGACCAUGCCGAGCCGGCGGGAGCGGCGCGACAUCGUGCGGAUGGCGUACGCGCUGCAGCCGGCCCCGGCCGCGGAGGCGGAGGGCGUCGCGCGCGCGCGCGUGGACGUCCGCUUCGUCUUCUGCCGCGUGACGGACCCCGUGGACGCGGCGCUGGUGGCGGUGGAGUCGCAGCGGCACGGCGACAUACUAGUGCUGGACGACUGCGCCGAGAACAUGAACGACGGCAAGACGUACGCGUACCUCUCCUCGGUGCCGCGCCUCUUCGCGGCGGAGCCGUACGACUACGUGAUGAAGACCGACGACGACACGUACCUGCGCGUGGCGGCGCUGGCGGGGGAGCUCCGGGGCAAGCCCCGCGACGACGUGUACCUGGGCUACGGCUACGCCAUGGGCGGGCAGCCGAUGCCGUUCAUGCACGGCAUGGGGUACGUCGUGUCGUGGGACGUGGCGGCCUGGGUGGCCGGCGCCGGCGCGGACGGGAUCCUGGCGCGCAACGACACCCGCGGACCCGAGGACCUCAUGGUCGGGAAAUGGCUUAACCUCGCCGGCAGGGGCAAGAACCGGUACGACCUCAAGCCCAGGAUGUACGACCUCAACUGGGACAUGGACAACUUCCGGCCGGACACCGUCGCCGUGCACAUGCUCAAGACGAACCAGCGCUGGGCGGCGACGUUCAGGUACUUCAACGUCGUCACCGCCGGGAUCACGCCGUCCGAACUGUACCAUCGGCCGUGAUCGUCGUCAUCUUAUCGACCGACCAACACUUCGUUUUUUUUCUUCUUUUCUGUGCUAGUACUAGUAAUUGUUUGCAAUCAGUCCGUGGCAAUUGUUAAGAGUAAAUUCUUUGGCAAGUGUUGGUGCGUUGGUCGUGCGACACACGAAUGGACUGUAAGGGAGCAUUUGAGUCACGUCCCACUCCCACGUCAUGUCAGCCGAUGGUUCGCCCGUUGACGCGAUCCAAACCGCCGUGCAAGUUUCUUUCCCGGCGAGGCGACGGCCAGAAAAGGAUUGGUCUUUGGCCUCGCUCGUGACGUGACAUCGUCGCCGCUGAUUCAUUGAUCUACGGAUCAGAAGACAGCAUUGCCAAUCUAGUCUUUGUCUUUGUCGUCCUUGGAAGGAAAAGGAUGCCAAAUUGCCAAGGCAUGACCUGUGUAAUAUAUGUCUGAUUCCUGUCAUCCUCUACUGUCCCUGUGUAUGCUCCGCAAUGAUGAACGACACUGCAUGUUGGAGGCCGUA